AAGGGAUGGAUCAUCGAUGGUGUAGUUAAGCUAGCUAGCGUCGUCAUCUGUAUCUCAUCUGUACACCCACCCGUCUACACAAACACAAACACAAACACACGUAGUAGUAGUAGACACCUAUGUAUAUGUAUGUACGUACGUACGUAGAGACUAGAGAGCUGCUUGCUUGCUUGCUUAUAUAUAGCAAACUCAACUAGCUGUUAAUAGACACAACAACAAGUACGCACUAUAAAGAAACUUAGAAAAGCAAGUAAUAAGAUAUGGAUAACAGCAACAACAAGGAUAAGAAGAAGGGUGCAGGGGCAUGCCGUGGUGGUGCCCGUGGGGUUCCGGCACCUUUAUUGGUGCUAGUGUUUGCCGGCAUUGUGGCGCAGGAAGGAAUACUAGUGUUGGCUGCUCAAGAAGUCGACACGUCUUGCCUCAAUCGGCUUGCGCCUUGCCUAAACUACCUCAAUGGAACCCGUCACCCACCGGACAAUUGUUGCCAUCCUCUGAAAUGGGUGAUCAAGUCCAAUCCUGAAUGCUUGUGUCGUAUGAUAAGCAACCGAGGCACCAAUGAAGCUGAGCAAGCCGGCAUCAAUGUCAAUGAGGCUCAGGAAUUGCCAGGAAGAUGUGGCCAACGUGUCAACCCACUCGCCUGCCUUUCAAGUUCUCCUAAUAAUUCCAAGAACUCAGUUCCAAAUUCUGCAAACAGCUUUUCGUUGCUCUUUCGUGGAAGUAUGGCGGCCACAGCUCUAUCGUUGUCUCUCAUCUUAUAUUUAACUGGCAUCAAAUACAAUAACCGCCUCAUGGACGGAACGUUUGUUCUGUAGACAUUAAUUCACAUUGCAAUAAUCAAACACUUUCUUCUU